AUGGGUUCUAAUGGUGGAGACGAUCGUCUUAAACAAGCAUAUGAUGUAUUAUCAAAGAAAAACAAUAAUCGUCCAUUGAGUUUACAAGACUGCGCUUUAGUGAUACGUUCGGCAGGUUAUAGUCCAUCGAAUACGGAAUUAAAGCGUCAGAUUGAUACAAAAUUAGGUACAACAUAUGCUCAUCAAACAUUUGAUUUAAAACAAAUACAAGAAAUAUGUAAUGGAUUAAAAAAACGUUCAGAAAAAGAUGUUCAUGAUUCGUUAAGAUGUUUUGAUUAUGAACGAAAUGGUUUUAUAUCAGCACAAGAGUUAAAAUAUUUUCUAAGUACAAGAGGUGAGAAACUAAGCGAAGAAGAAAUUGAUGGCAUGUUAAGAGAAAUGGAUAUUGAUGGUCAGGGAAUGAUAUCUAUUGAACAAUGUUUGUCUGUGUUAUUCGUUGGUGAUUAUACAGAUUAA